AUGCGGACUACCAGAACCCAACGGUUCUUGGCCAAUAUUAAGAUAUACUUCAUCCAGCUGACCGGAACCACACCUCUCUAUAGAACUCUUGCUGCUCUUUCAGAAAAGCACGGGCCUCUCUUCAGUCUCCAACUGGGACAGAGGUGUGUCAUUGUGGUGGGCAGCAUGGCCCUCGCCAAGGAGUGCUUCACUGUCAAUGACAGAGCCUUCGCCGGUCGGCCGCCGCUAGAAGGUUGGAAACGCCUUGGCUACAAUCGUGCCAUGUUCGCAUUCAGCCCAUAUGGACCUUACUUUGGUGAACUCCGCAAGAUCGUCGCCAUCGAGCUGCUGUCACGCAACUCGAGCUGGUCAAGCACAUCCGGCUCCUUUGUCCGGCGCUUCUACCGCAGCCGGUCGAGAUGA